ACUAAAUCACCAUCAAAAUGCAACAGACAUUUCAGCAUUUUUAGCUGUCAUGACUUCCUCCUUAAAGUCGCUGCUACCUGAGUAUGAACGUCUGUGGUCAUAAUACACCAGACUUCCUCCUGAGCCCACCAGCUGCAGUUUGGACGUUUGUGCAGAGCCAGUGUUUUUAUUAAAGAACUGAAAGACUCAGAGAUGGAAGGAACCUUUGAAAACAUGAAGGAGAUCCUUCUGCCUCCUCAGACAGCUUCCCAGGGCUCAAAGACGGGUUUAUAUAAAGUUCUUCUCUGUCUGGGACUGAUCUGUGCUUCCUUUUUGAUUGGAAUCAUCAUCCUUGGUGUCCUCUAUUCUAAUUCAGUGCAUGGUGUGACUAAUAAUGAUCGAAUACCCACCGAAACAACUCCAUGUCCUCCAGAAUGGAUGAUGUUCCAGGACAGGUGUUACCUUCUUUCCAGUAUUACUGGACCCUGGGAGACAGGCAAUCAGGACUGCAGAGCCAGAGGAGCACAUCUGAUGAUCAUCAACAGCACAGAAGAACAGGAGUACAUCUCAAGUUUCAAGGAUGAGAUUUGGAUUGGUUUAAACGAUAUAGAGACGGAGAGAACCUGGAAAUGGGUUGACGGAUCUCCGAUCACUCUGUCGUUCUGGGAUGCAGGGUAGCCUAACAUUAAUCAAAAUACUCCAGGUUGGAAUGAGGACUGUGUACAUGUCUCCAACGGAGGCCGGUGGCAUGAUAAUUCGUGUUCGAAGUUUACCCGCUGGAUGUGUGAGAAAAGACCUUUGAGUUGCUUCAACUAAUCAUUUUACAACUGCUGUAAGAUUAUAUUCAAUUAUAGCUUCCUCACUACACCUUACUAAAAAUGACCAGUUUAACUAGAAUAUGACAUCUGUGUAUGUACAACUAAACCCUUUAAAAAGGACUGUAAACGUGCUGUGAACUGU